AUGCCUACUGUUCCCGACCUCCCUGGCACGCUUGUGCCUCCUGACCAAGAAAACUGGCUCAAAUCGAACGUUGCGCGGCUCUGUAAUAUCGACCACCACAGGUUUCCAGGGGGCCAGCCAGUAAGUUUUGGCACCAAUGAUCUCGACAAGUUGGAGCAACAAGAUUUCUGGGUCUGCGAAAAGUCGGAUGGAAUCCGCGUUUUGCUCUUUGUUUUCACCAACAACAACACUAAGGACCAGAUGAUCUACCUCAUUGACCGCCACAACACUUAUCGCGCAUUAACAGGACUAUAUUUCCCUCACCACGAGAAUCCCAUGUUCCCACUGCGAAGUACCAUCAUCGAUGGCGAACUUGUCAUUGACGUCGACCCGAGGACCAAACACGAGACACUGCGAUUCCUUGCCUUUGACUGCCUCGUUGUUGACGAUCAAAAUGUUAUGUCAAGACCUUUGGACAAGCGUUAUGGGAGGCUCAACGAAUGGUUUCUAAAACCGUACGCAAGGAUGAUGCGAGAUCAUCCACACAUGGCGAAUACGCAGCCUUUCGAUAUCAAGGUCAAGCAGAUAAAGUCAUCCUACAACGUAGAGCAGGUCUUCAACGUCGACAUCCCAGCCCUGCAACAUGGGAAUGAUGGCCUCAUUUAUACCUGCGUCAACAGUCCAUAUUCAUCUGGGACAGACCCGAACAUAAUGAAAUGGAAACCCUCCUCGGAGAACUCUAUCGACUUUAAGUUAGUUCUUCGCUUCCCACCUCUGGCGUCAAAUCCUACCGUGCCGGACUUUCAUGCCAAACCGGUAUUUUUACUACAAGUCUGGUGCGGCGAUGAACACGGAGUGGCAAAGUAUGAACUGUACGAUGAUAUGUAUGUCGAUGAUGAAGAAUGGGAGCAGAUGAAGUCGUCAGGCGAACAAUAUGACGAUCGCAUCAUCGAAGUUCACUGGGAUCCCGCAGUAUCACAUUGGCGCAUGAUGAGAUUUAGAGAUGACAAGCCAAAUGGUAAUCAUCGGAGCGUCGUCGAGAACAUCAUACAGAGUAUAGCUGAUGGGGUGGAAAAAGACGCUCUUUUAGCCCGUUCCAAUGCGAUACGGAACGCCUGGAAGGCGCGGCAAGGCCAACCAGCUGCUAGGCCAGCAGUAGCUCAGCCGCCUAAACAGGUCCAGCGACCCCCUCCGUCGGAUAUCAAGCGACGAUACGGACCCAUUGCGCCGUCUCCUUGGAGCAAAGUCUCAGGUCCCGAGACCAUAGCCGGCAUGAAACGAUAA